GGGUCAAAAGGCUGUCCUGAUGGUAGUCUAGUCUUCCUUUGAACUGACAGCAGUACUAGUAGUAAUAGACCUCACAGCAGUAGGGGUGAGAUGUGUUGAGACACUCGAACUCUUUUUCAUAUUGUCCGCUCAAGUCAUGUAGUAACCAAGGCACGUAUGGUGUCGUAGCCCAGUUUCGUCUCGUGGUCCUCGGUCGAGUGUUGUCCUGCGGCGAAGCGGUGGGAAUCGCCGCGACGACGUUGGCUUCAAUCGCCUUGUGCUUCACCUUCUUGCCUCCCGUGGCGGCGCAGAGAACGCUCAGGGGGUCCAGGUAUAUGAGAAGCAGCAAUAGGCGCCGUAUCCCCAUGGUGUGGUUAACUUGUCAGUUUGAGAGUUGCCACAUGUGGUAUGGCAAUUAGAUCAGGAUCAGCUCACGGAACAAAUAGAGCUCAACCGAAAGUGGUACUAGUCGCCUCCUCCACUCAAGGCGCGGAGGUGGUGUGGGUGUUUCUGUUCAUUCGAAGGGGUGUGUAUUUUAUUCCGACACCUCACAUCAUCAGAGAGUGAAGAGAAAAUUAGAGGUUUUGGUUGAAACGGGAGAUGUUUCUGUCGUAUCAUUCAUAAAACCAGGUUACCAGGCCUACACCUUCGCGCGCUCUCUUGGCAUCCUCUGUCGAGUCCGUGCGCGGUGGUGAAUAGCGAUCCGCCUCGCGGUCAGUUUGUGACAGAGAUGGGAGAGGUGUGCCAUUUCUUUACCAGGCGGUGACACUGACACAGCGGCCAGGAUGGAUCCAAACACCCGGAAAAUGAUGCUUCUGAUCGGUCUCAACUGCCUCUGGCUCCAAGUGCUUUCAGAGGUGAUAGCUGAUGACAGUUAUUUAAACGAGGUGCAAAACACAGGGAGAGAUGGAGAUGGAGGGAUACAGGAAAGAAGAGGAGUCAGUUACAAGCAGAGGGACUGGAGGAUAAGAGAUGCCCCUCUCUCCUGUUCGGAGGGUUUUACAGAGCUGGGUUUCUAUAAUGGCUCUGUGUCUCAGACGGACUCUGGCGCUCCCUGCCUGCGGUGGGCAGAGUUUCCAGACUACGUGCUGCAGUACCCUGGCCGAGGCCUUGGGGAGCACAGCUACUGUCGUAACCCUGACAGAGAGUCCAACCCCUGGUGCUUCUUCAGACAGACCUCUGGGGCCAUCGGCUGGGCCUACUGCGACUGCCACCAGGGUGCAGCUCGGCUGGUGGGCGGGACAUCGUCAGGAAGUGGACGUGUGGAGGUGUACCUGAAUGGUCAGUGGGGGGCGGUGUGUGACUCUCAUUGGACAGACAGAGAUGCCAGUGUGAUCUGCAGACAGCUGGGGUUGGGUGAGAUCGGCACUGCUUUGCAGCAGUCCAGGUUCGGCUCGGGCUCCGGCCUCUUCCAUUAUGAGCGGCUGAGUUGCCGUGGUGAUGAGAGCUCCGUCAGCCAAUGCCAGACCAGGACAUUUGUUACCGGGGACUGUAGCCAUGGAAACGAGGCGGGAGUUGUGUGUGCUCCACCAGAAGGUAAUGGUCUUCCUCUACGAUUGGUUGGAGGAGAAGAAUAUUUUGAGGGGCGUGUGGAGGUGUUCCACAGUGGUAGGUGGGGCUCUGUCUGCGAUGACCAAUGGGACGACAGAGAUGCAGAGGUGGUCUGUCGACAGCUGGGAUUUGGGGGUGUGGCGAAGGCCUGGUCGUGGGCCCACUUCGGACAGAGCUCAGGUCCCAUCCUAUUGGACGCCGUGAGGUGUACAGGAAAUGAAGUCUUCCUGGACCAGUGUCUUCAUGGAGACUGGGAACAACACAACUGUGACCAUAUGGAAGACGCUGGGGUAUCCUGCAGCCCCUACACAGACGGUGUGGUCCGGUUGGUAGGAGGAGACAGUCCAUGGGAGGGUCGUGUUGAAGUGUUCCACUCUGGGGACUGGGGUACGGUGUGUGACGACCACUGGACUCAACAACACACACAGGUGGUCUGUCGACAGCUCGGAUACAGAGGGCAUGCUGAGGUGGUGACUGAUAGAACGUUCGGCGAGGGUUCUGGUAUCAUCCUGUUGGACGAUGUGCGUUGUGAGGGGACGGAGUCGUCCCUGCUGGACUGUCGCCAUGGCACCUGGGGCCAUAGCGACUGUUCGCAUGGAGAGGAUGUGGGCGUGCGAUGCAGGGCCGGAGCUAAAGAAGAAGAGACCAAUGAGGUGCCGGCUGUUGCACCUGCCACAGGUCCUCUGUUGCGUCUGGUUGGGGGUGGUAGCCAUAACGAAGGUCGUGUGGAAGUCUAUCUCCAUGGAGACUGGGGGAGUAUCUGUGACUCAGGCUGGAACGAUCUGAACGCUGCUGUGGUCUGCAGACAGCUGGGCCACAGUGGUCAUGCUGUAGCAGCAGCUGGGUUCGGUCGGGGGAAGGGUCCUGUCCACCUGGACCAGGUGAGGUGUACCGGGAAGGAGGACUUCUUGGGGGAGUGUCCUUCUCUGGGCCGGGGCCGUGACGGCUGCAGAUGGAGACAGGAUGCAGGGGUGAGCUGUGACCACGCCCCCCGGGCAACAGAGGGCCAGGCCAGGCCAAGUGAGCUCACCUGUGGAGUGAGGAAGAUUGUGGAGGAAGGGAACGAGAGGAAGAGUGGAGGAGGAGAGAAUGUACUCAGGACAUUGUGGCCAUGGCAGGUGUCAGUGUGGUUGGGUUCUGAGGGGAAAGAUGGCCAUCCUAUCUGUAGUGGUACUCUGAUCUCUCCCUGCUGGGCCCUGGCCUCCGCUCACUGCUUCACCAGGUUUGGUAUUGGCCCGUCUCAGUAUGUGGUGCGCGUGGGGGGUUCUGACCGAAUUCUGACCCCGGAGCGAGUGGUGGUCCAUAGAAAGUUCAGAGCAGAUCAGGGCCCUGGGGGUCAUGACCUGGCCCUGCUGAGGCUGCCCAGCCCCAAGGAUCACUGUUUGACCUUUGACCCCCACACUAACGCAGCCUGCCUCCCCACCCCGGACGCUGCGGGGGGGAAGACCCCCUUGUCCUGCAUUGCCGCGGUUACCGCUGGCUGGGACGGCCCAGAUGCUGUGCUCCAGUCCUGGGUACCCCUCCUGACGUCAUGGCAGUGUAAGAAGCGUUAUGGCGAUGGUUACUCCUCCCACGGCACGCUGUGCGCCGGCAGCCCCCCUGACACACGUCGUCUCCACGGGAACAACGGUUGCCAGGGCAACUGGGGCGGUGGGCUGGUAUGCCAGGGGGAGGGAGGGCGAUGGGUGUUGACAGGGAUCGUCUCCGGGGGUUACGGUUGCAGCGACCCCUCAACCCCGGCGCUCUACACACGGGUCAGCCGGUUCGGGGGCUGGAUCGAGGAAGUCACACACAGGAGCGGGACAUACACACACACACAAUCAUGACGAGUUGAAAAAACACACUGACGAUCAAUUCAUACACACACACGAUCAGCACAUAAAUAUACACACACAUACACACACACACACACAUACACACACACGAUCACAAUGAACACAUACAAAAUCUGCAUACACACACUCACAAUAAACACACACACACUC